UUUUUCUCAGCAUUUUCAACUUCUUUUCCCAUAUUAUUUCCAUUCUCUUCCAUAUUAUUCUCUCUUUACUUUCAUCAAAUUCUGACCUCAAAUUAUUUUCUAACACAAAUUAUACCAAAAACAAAACACAUGGGCAUGAGUAGCAAACAAGUCUCUAGUGAUCAUCUUGAGCUCAGUUGGACUCAAAACAUGUUAAACACAUCAGAGACAACAACAACAAUAUUACCAUCUUCAUCAAACCUCCGCUCAACAAAUACGAAACGAUCAUCGUUACAAACACAACAACCACCACCCGAUGCCACCUUGAAGUGUCCACGAUGCGAUUCAUCAAACACAAAAUUUUGUUACUAUAACAAUUACAACAAAACACAACCAAGACAUUAUUGUAAAGCAUGUAAGAGGCAUUGGACUAAAGGUGGCACUCUUCGCAAUGUCCCCGUUGGUGGUGGCAGAAAAAACAAACGUAUGAUCAAACGCCCCGCCAACAACGUUAACAACACCGCCACAAUUGAUCAUCACAAUUUAGGGCUGUUUGGAGAUCGUCAGAAAUACAUAUUUCCACAAGAUGAUAGUGAUAAAGGUAAUUUGUUAUUUAAACAACCAAAUAAUGGUAGUAGUGAAUUUUCUUGGGAUUUCAAUGGUGGUUUUGCUACUACUACUACUAGUAUGCAACAACAACAAAAUUUAGGGUUUUCAAUACAUUCAAGUUUGACAUCCAUGGAUACAAACACUACUGCCACUAUUCCAACUUCUUCUUAUGCUCCAUUAUUGUUAUCCGGUUUCAAAGAUGAUUCAACUGUCACCACAACAACAACAAUGAUGACGCCGAAUUCUUCAAUUUCCACGCAACCAUGGACGAUGCAAGCUCCAACACUACCAAUUACUAACAUCUUGGAACCAAAUAAUUUUUGGACAUGGAAUGACAUUGAUUAUAUGGUUCAAGGUGAUCAUAAUAUCAACAAACCCUUUGAUGAAGGUCCUCAUAUCAAACACUAAAAAUAAUGGAGGUGAGAUAUUAUAAUUAACUUGACUAUAAAUUUAAUUAGAUGAUUUUUUUUUUCUUUUAAUUUGGGCUUUUAAUUUGUAAGUAAUUAAUUAUAUGGGUGUACGUUUUGGAUGUAUACUGUUCUUUGAAGCUGUGGUUUCUUUUAGUAUUUCAGCUUCAUGGGCAUUUAAUUAAUUAUUUGUGUGAUAUUAAAUUUAUAAAAUGUUUGUGUCA